GGAUCCUCCUCUUCGGCCUUACGACCCCACAUGUAUCCACUCUUACAAUCAGGAAGAAGAAACAAACCUUAUGGUGCAUCUUCUGCAAACGCUUUCUCCAAAAGCGCUUUUAUCUUAAGCUUCCGCGGGAGUCUCGCCAGGACUGGUGUCUCUCUCUCACCUCACAGGCGUGGGCGACCUAGUUCGCUUGUCUUAAGAUCAGCAAGUGGCAAAACAGGGAUUCGAACACGGACCCCAGGACCUCAGAGCCCGGGCACCAACACCCCACUCCCACCGUGGACUCACUAGCGGGACGCCAGAGGGCCCGCGGCUGCGAGCGCUCGCCCCGGAGCUCCGCGAAGUCGAAGCUCCUGCAGGAGCACGCAGCGACCGCCCCCGCUGGGUCCCGACUCGGCUCCAGGCGGGAGCGCUUCCUGGCCGCGGCGGCGCACACGGCAGCUGCGGGCGGGCUCGGGUGCAGGACGCCUGCCCCCCGCCUCUUCCCCGUCGCGCGAAUCCUCCGGCCCCGACCGCAGACCCCGCGCCGCCCGCCUGCUCGCACCCUUCGCACCCACCUGCAGGCCAAGUCUCCCCGCCUCCACGUGAGGGCCCGCUCCACCGUGACCCGGAAGUCAACUUCGAGUCGCCGGUCCGUCCUCGCGAGUUCCGGCUCCUUCCGGUUCGCGGCCGCGCGGCGAUAACGGUUGCCGUGGAAACCGCGGCCAUGGCGUUGGCGCCGCGACAGGCUUCGAGUCGCAGCGUCCAGCGCGUGGAGCCAAGCGGCUCGACCGAGUCGUCGGUCACCACCCGGACACCAGUGCCCACCUUGUCGUCCCCGCCCCCCGAGCUGUCAGUCUCGCCGGGGCAGGUGGCCGAGCUGUCGAGCAAAACCCUGUGGGAGCAGAUCUGCGAGGAGUACCAAGCUGAGCUGCCUCCCUUUCCAAAAGGAUAUGAAGUCAAACAAGAACCUGAGAUUACUGUGUCACCGCCAGAGGAAACCGUCUCCCAUGGCUUCAAAAUAGAGCACUAUUUCCCACCCCCACCCCUCACCAGGGUCUCACAUGUACCCUGUCCUCUCAAGGUCUCAGAAACGGUGGAUCCAAAAACUUGUUCCCCCAGAAAAUAUUUGGAAACCUACAUCUUUCCAGUCCUGCUUCCUGGAAUGACUAGCCUUCUUCACCAAGCAAAGAAAGAGAAGUGUUUUGAGGUACCUGUGCGACCGUCUGAUCUUGGUGCAGCCCCACCUAGGCGCCGCCGGGCAGCUCACAGGAUCCUCUGGGUGUGCGUGUUUCCUGUGGUUUCGGGUUCUACGGUUCUGUGUAAGGUCAAACGGACAGAGGAGUGGAGCGGCAGCGUUUACAAUCGCCCAGGCUCUGCUCCCGCCAGGACCCCGCUCCGCCACUCCGCGUUUCAGUCAGCUCCCAGCGCAGCCCUGAGGGGUGCCUUCUGUCCUCACUGUCUGCAUCCCGCAGAUGAGGGAACAGGGACACAGGGGUUUGAAAUGUGAUCAAGGGCUAAUGGCGAGCGAGGAUUCAAAUCCAGAUUAAAUGAUUCAAAAUGACACUAAAAAUGUUGGCAGUGAUCCCAGUGAAUGCACAAUUGAUUUGACACACCCUGUGGUCUGGAAAACCGGUCACCGUUCAUGGUGUCACCUGAGAAGUUGCCCUAGCCUGGGUUCCCUCUCUGAGAAGAGCUGUGUCCUGCCCUGAGAGACAGUUUUGUGUGCUUGAUGCUCCUUUAGCAAAGUCCCGAUGCUAUCUAUACUGCCCUCUGGCCUCUGAGCCACCCCAGAGUAUAAUCCCCCUCCCCCGUUGCCUGCCACUUGAGCCACUCAGCGUGACAUUCCUUCUCACAGGCCUCACCAUGACAGUUGUGUCUUUACUUGAGGCAGAAAUGGAUCAUGAGGCAUUGGUCAGAAUUUGAGUAGCCCACGGUGCUGGUCAGCUGUCACUGUAAUGAAAUACCUGAGAUAAUCAACUUAUAAAAAGAAUAGGUUUAUUCUGGGCUACAGUUUUGGAGGUUCCAGCCCAUGGUAGAUUGGCCCUGUGGCUUUGGGUCUGUGGUAGGAUAACACGUCAUGGUGGGAGCACGUGGUGCAACAGAAUCACUCAUGUCACAAGCCAGGAAGGAAGGAGAGAGAGGAAGAGGCUGGAAUCCCAUGGUUCUCCUCCAGGGCACACUCCAGUCACCUGAGAUCACCCACUAGGUCCUAUCACCUCCCAGGAGCUUGCUUGGGGCCCAGGCCCCUAACACAUGGGCUUUGGGAGACGUGCAGCCUCCAGCAAUAGCACAGGCUUAUGAAGGAGGAGUGUGGGCACCCUGGCCACUUACCAGUGGAUCCACACAGUGGAGCCACACCCUCAGCCUGGCUUGCGAGGCCCUCUCCAACCUCCUCGCUCCCUCCCUGCAUCUCCUUCUCCUCCCCGGCAUCCCUCCAGCCAGACAGAGCCGCUCUGAGCUCUGGGUUCGCCCCCACCUCAUGGCCUCUCUGCACGUGCUCCUUCUUAUUUUAGGAAAAAAUCCUGGUGCUCCUCUUCUCUGCAUAUUGAAGUUCUGCUUGCCUUUCAGACCCAGCUCCGCGACACCCAGUUAGGCCCAGACUAGAAGUAAUUGACCCCAGCUCUCAGAUUUCAGAGCAUUUUCAUCUGUUCCUCAUUUUAUGGUACAUUAAGACAGCUGUAAUUAAGACAUUCUUAAUAUACAUAUAUUUAAUUUUAUACAUGCCU